AUGAAACAGAUAAAUGGCAGCCUAGAUAUCCACUUCUGGAAACCAAGAAGACUGCCAGUUCACUCAAUGAAUCUUAAGAAGGCAUCAAUCAUAGUUCUGUUCUCAGCGUUACAUGUCAAAGCACUAGCUAGCCCCAGUCAGCAUCUCCGCAAUCCUGUCAAUCCAAAUCUUGUUGUCAUUGUUGGUAUUCUUUCAGUAAUGUUGCCAUUACUUUUUUUGUUGCUGGCAUACACCAAAUUUUGUCCCUCAGCUCUGUCUAAUGACUCAGAUGAUCAAGAGCAAGAGCCUGAAGGUGUUCUUCGAUCAGUAUCCGGAUUGCAAAAAAGUAUAAUUGAUUCUCUCCCAUUUUUCACUUUCUUAUCACUUAAGGGCUCAAAAGAAGGCCUAGAAUGUGCAGUUUGUUUAUCAAAGUUUGAAGACAUCGAAGUGCUUCGCUUGUUGCCAAGGUGCAAGCAUGCAUUCCACAUAAAUUGUAUUGAUAAGUGGCUUGAAAGCCACUCUAGCUGCCCUCUUUGCAGGUACAAGUUUGAUACAGUGGAUCUCAGGAGCUUUUCUUUUACAAAUAGUUUAAGGUACCCUCGAAACUCAUCCAAUCUGUCAGAGGAACCAAAUAUUGAACUUUUCAUCCAAAGAGAGCAAGAACAUCACAAGUCAUCCAGAUUUAAUAUGGUCAGCAGUCUUCAGAAACUCAGUGUAGGCAGGAAAGAAGAUCAGUCAAUCCCCAGAGGUAGUAGAGCUGAUAAAUCAGACAGAGAUCUCAUGCAUAAAUUCAAGCACAAAAUCUUUGUCUCUGACCUUAUUUACAGAAGUAGAUGGAGCGAUGUCAACUCCUCAAACUUAUUGUGCUUAAGGUCUGAAAUGCUGAAUCUGAACUCAAGUAAAAUAUUCUCCCCAUUUAAGCCUGAACGCCAGAGGUUUGGCAAAGAAUUUCUCAUGAAUGAAAGUAUUUUCGAGAUCAAAGAAGACAUAGAAAGAAAACGAUUGUAUGUGUCAAAAGUCAGCAAAGUUACAGGACAUCCAGUUACAGCAUCAAGCCCUCCAAUUGCUGCCAACAUUGGCCUAAACCAGAAGGUAAACUUGACGCUACUCGAUUCAGCUGAGAAGAGAUCAAAGUCAGAAAUAAUCAACUUUCCACGAUAUGCAGAGUACAGUGCCAGAAACCGGACUAAUGAAUCAUCAGUCUUGUCCAGGAGUGGGAGAAAGGAUGAGAUAAUUAGAAAGCUCUGGCUGUCUAUAGCAACAAGGACAGUUCAAUGGUUUGCAGACAGAGAAAGAGGUCUAGAUUGGAAAAGAUCUCCAUUGAAUGUCUGA